AUGAACUGGGGGACCAAUGAGUUCGACUCUUUUAAAUCGCUCACGGACUAUGAGCGGUGGCCGUGGAAACGUGAUCCUGAUACGUCUUUGAACGGUCGAUACGAUCGUUAUGGCUUCGUAAAUUUUUCCGCCGUGCAGCCAGAGUAUCGAAACCCACUCUUUGGAAGUGCCUUUGAAACGGACACCGAAUCAAGCUAUCCACUGACUGCAGGCGUUUUCGAUCCAGAAGAGAAUCAACUUGACUCUGAAGCUGUUUACUUUAACGGCUUGCUGCCAGCUACUGGCACUCGGGUUACUGAGGAUGUAAAUGCUAGCUGGUUCAACCUUGAGACUGUGUUAGCCACCGACCAGCCCUUUGCAUAUUCACCCGCUUCAUUACAUCAAGAUCUGUCUCAGGCCGGAAUGCCGCAAUCGUCAGAGCAUCCGUCUCAAAGUACAUCCCCACCGCAACCCCUUCAACAUAUGCCGUCCGCCAUCACCCACUUGGCACAGCCAACUUUACCUCAAUUUGAUUCACAAACUUUGCCACCCAGUCGUUGCUGGGCGCCUCACACGGUCACCACGUCUCUCCAGCCGUUUUGGCUGGAGAGGGGGGAGAAGAUGAACCUGGAGCAACAGGGAGUUGAGCAUACAUCCCGCAGACCGGCUGCUGUGCGCACACCAAGUUCUCCUGACGAGCUCCAGCAUCAAAAUGUAGCCCUGAGGGCACACAUCAACAGGCCCACCAGUAUGCUGGCGGGGUAUAGAUCGGAAGCGCUGAAAGUUCCAGCAUGGCCAAAAUUCUCUCCAAAAUCUCUCAUCACCCUCCAGAACUGGUUGGACGAACACUCAGAUAACCCGUACCCAUCAGCGGCAGAAAAACGAACACUUGCCGAAUCCUCUGGCUUGACAGUCUGGCAAGUGAAAACCUGGUUUGUUAACAACCGCAAACGUCAACUUGGCGGAAAGCGUCCAUUAAGCCCACUGGAAGCGUGGCUCACUAGCUCUUCUGAGGACGAGGCAGCGUCUGAAGCCGACAUUCGGCGUGCUGCUGAUAGUUCUUUCUACAAAUCUUUCUACAAACCUCCAGCUUCUGGCCCCCAAUUCGCCUCACCCGUGCGGCCGAAUAUUCUAGGGACAUCCGGAACUAAAGGCGGUCCGCCCCGGCGGCCUUCCUACGCCGGGUCAAUAUCCCCCGCCAGUGCCGGGUCGUCAUCGGCAUUCUCCCAAUGCAGCGAAGCAGUACCGUUCGGACCCCCGAAGCGGGGAAGGAAAAGGCAUAUGGCGAAAGUCACUCAGAGUCGGCCUGUUUCGGCGCGUCCUACCAAAAGGCCUAGUGCACCUUCUGCCAUGAACCCUUCUCAGAAAAGACCUGGCAGCGGCAUGAGGAGACGCAACAUUUACCCAGAACUCAAUGGACAUGCAUGGCGCAUGGGUUCCGGGUCCAUGUCCCCUACUGCCGCGAUCCAAACUUCGUUUGCGCCUUCUGCGGAGAAAAGGACCCUGACGAUGGACAUGUCGCAUCAUGUCAUCGAAUAG